CCCGAGUUGUUACCUGCAUGAAAAAGAAAGUUGAGUACUGUAAUUGUCUUUGCUGCUUGUGUGACUGAAAAUGUCGUUUGGUGCUGGUGCAGCCAUAUUUAACAGUUGUAAUAAGCCGGGAUCUAUCGUGGAAUUUACAAAUUAUCUUAGGAUUAAUCCGAAUGAGUAUAAUGCGUUAAUGUGGCGGGCAAAGGCCUACGGUAUAGUUGGCCAACCUCAAAACGCGUUACGUGAUGUAGAGCACGCUAUAUCAGUGAGCAGCGGUAUCAAGAAAGAAAUCGCCUUAUGUAACAAGGUUUUGUACACCACGGGAAGCAUUGAGGAGUUGGGUGUAUGUGCAAGCAGGGCUGUUGAUAGGUACCCAAACGAAUGGACCGCUUGGAAUCAACUUGGAUCAUAUUACUCGAAUAAAGGAGACGAAGAGACAGCCCGUCGUUGUUGGGUGAAAAGUUUGGAUCUUGCGACAAAGUACAACGAGACGCGAGAUCCGGAAAUCUGUUGGGUUAAUUACUCGAUUGGAAAUUACGACAUGGAGAGGGGAGAUGUUGGCUCUGCUAAGAGAUAUUACAAAGCUGCAGUCGAAUCAAGCCCAACACAUACUGUAUCACACAUUGGGUUAUGUCGAUGCAACAUUUGUCAGGGUAUGUUACAGGAAGCUAGAGGGAACUUUCAGACUGCAGAAUCGCUUAAUCCAAAUCUUGCGUCUGCGACAUUUCAAACAGGCAACUUCGACGAGUACCGUUCAAGGCUAUUGCAGAAUGCAAGUAGUAGACGUCCGUCAUCAUCUGCGUCACGGUUGGCCGGUGGAAGAGAUAGUGGCGGAGCAGCUGGUGGGACUGGCGGCGGAUCGGGUGGAGGAGGAAACGGCAGUGAUGAUGACGAUGAUGUUAGCGCAGUGUGGAAGCAACUGCAGAAGGAAUCCCCAUGUAUAAAGAUGUAUGGAAAACACAAAUAUGUCCAGUCUAAAUGUGGAAAGUACUGGUACAGCAGAGAUACUGCCAGGCACGGUGGAGCACAGUUCAAGAGAUAUGAAGAUACACGUAGUACGCUGGUAUUCAAAGAUUCUGUAGAUGCUAACUUGAGACCAUUAACAGGAAAGCACGAGUCGCGUAGUGGUACCACCAUCAGAAAGUCCGAUAUGAUUGGCGUAAAAGGAAAAUAGGGUUUGAAUACUCAGAUUUUAAGUUAGAUAUAUAAGACUGAUUCUUUAUAUCUUAACAUUUGGGCAAAUGUGUACGAAAUUUGUAAGUAAAUGUGUAAAUACGUUUUUGUCUAAUCUUCAUUGAUUUUAUAUAUGCAAUUUGACUAUACAUGUACACGGACUUCCAAUAUAUUAAUGCAUAUCUCAACUAGGGAACCAUGGUAGACCUCUGGUAUGCGAGAAUGGUUGCCCGCCCGCUUAGCUAAAUAGGAAGAGCGCAGAUCUACGGAUCGCGGGGUCGUGAGUUCGAUCCUCGUGUGAGGCGUAUGUUCUCUUGACGAUUUGAUAAAAGACGUUGUGUCCCCCACCUCUGAUUCAUUUGGGGAGUUUACUGCCUGCCGUUGCAUAACUGAAAAGCUGUUGAAAAAUGGCGUUAAACCCAGAACAAACAAAAAUACAUGUAUGACAUGAUUUAUGCCGUAUCUAUUGGCGAAAAUAUUCAUGGAAGAAAGCAACAUAUGGAAAUUAAAAAUAUGCCUUCAAGCGAUCAUUUUACUAAAUUACAAUGCCUUAAACAGAACGUAUUUACUUCAUGUAGUUAAUAUUAUUGUUACGUAUACAGUUUCUACUCAUCAAAUAAUUGUUCUUACAUGUAUAACUGUACUUGAAAAUUUAAAUAAUUCUAAUAAUGGCUUCUUUUAUUUGUUAUUUCUUUACCUGUAUAAAUAUGACAUUAAAAAUUAAAAUGCGUUCUAAAGCAUAUGAUUUAUUGUUAUCUUAUGCAGAUUCAAAAUAAAACUCUAAUUGCCAUUCGU